CACUCUCUCUUUCAAUCCGCAUGUCGACUUCCAGUCAGGAUCAAACCCCUCGCCAUCACCUCUCUCAAUUCCAAUUCCAUCUUCUCCACUCUCAUUCUCAAUUUCAUCAUGAUCGCACUUUCACUUCUCAGCCUUUCUCUUCCUUCGCUUCUGACGAUGCCCAUUCUGCUUUUGCAAAGCUUGCCUUGAGUCAAAGAUAUGAAGUUGAUAAUUCCAGGCCUCAAACGAGUAGUACUGAAGUAGCUCCAAAUCAGAGCAAUAUCGUUAAUCUUUCUCCACUCAAAACUGAGCCAUCCAUUAGUGGAAAGCAUCAUGGUAAAUCAAAAGUUUCAAGAAAUGAAAAAUCAGGGAAUCAAAGAUCAAAUUCUGAGUCUUCUAAUUCAACUUCGGUUAAUUGCCGUUAUGAUAGUUCCUUAGGACUUUUAACCAAGAAAUUUGUCAGUUUAAUUCAGGAGGCUAAGGAUGGUACCCUAGAUUUAAAUAAAACCGCUGAAAUCUUGGAGGUCCAGAAAAGGAGAAUUUAUGAUAUUACAAAUGUUCUUGAAGGAAUAGGAUUGAUAGAAAAGACAUCAAAGAACCAUAUACGGUGGAAGGGAAAUGAUGGAUUGGGGCCUGGCGAACUGGAUGAUCAAGUUACUACAUUAAAGUCUGAAGUUGAAAAUCUGUAUUCUGAGGAAUGCCAACUUGAUGAUAUUAUAAGGAAAAAGCAAGAGCUCCUUAGAACUUUCGAGGAAAAAGAAAACCAUCAAAAGUACCUUUUCUUGACUGAGGAAGAUAUUCUUAGCCUUCCAUGCUUCCAGGAUCAAACACUCAUUGCCAUCAAGGCUCCCCAAGCUAGUUUCAUUGAAAUCCCUGAUCCUGAUGAGGAUAAUGACUUCAGGCAAAGGCAGUAUAAAAUGAUCGUUAGAAGCACCACGGGACCAAUAGACUUGUACCUCUUGAGCAAACACAACGCCAAGGACGAGGAUGUUAGCGUCAACCAGGUUACGUCUACAGAUCCUUCACAGAACGGUGACCAGUGUGGAUUGAAGAGUGCGGGAUUACGUUUAGAAAGCCAAGAUGCCCAGAAAAAUCCUCCUCAAAGUUUUAACGCACUGGACUUGGAGCCACCUGGCAUUCAGAAAAUUACACCAAUGGAUUUUGAUAUCGAAGAUGACUACUGGUUCCAAUCAGAUCAUGGAGUGACCCUGACGGAUUUGUGGGCGAAUGAGGAAUUAGUUCACAUAGAUGAGGUCCUCCAAGACGAUUACUUGAAUGGUGCCUUCACUUAAACACCAGCUUGCCGGACAGAUGGGGUCAAUUGGUAAACGAGACACAGGAUGUUAGGUGCUGCAGAUGAAGACAAUGGCAAUGUACAUAGACAGAUCAAGAUAAGCGAAUAGAUAGACGAAGUCACAGAACUGUAAAUUAUAGCAUUUUUAUGACAGUUCAGAUUGUGGCUUCUGGUGCAGUGAAUGAGAUGAGCAAGUGUUAGCUGCGGAUAUUUACCAUUGUUGUAAUCAACACUAAUUUCCACUCCAAGGGAACCCCACUGUGGGUUAAGGUUUUGCAGAUUCCAGGUUUGUGGAGCUUCAGCAUUAAAUAAAUUAAUUAACUGCACUUUCAUUUGACCUUAAA